UUCUCCCACAGCUCCGCGGUCAUACUAAUCCAAUUUGUUUAAACAAACAGCGUCGGAAAAUCGCGGUUUCCUGAAAAAUGAAAAGCGCCCAAUAGCGCGCGCCGAUUCGCGAACUGCGUGCAACGAAGAGUGACCAUGAAAAUGCCAGCGAGAAAUUCGCGAAAAUCAAUGAAUAACAAAAGCAGCGGAUCAUAAUAAUAACUAAUAACAGAGCCGAACCAAGUGAAAUUCGAGGCUGGAAUUCGUUAUGCUGCAGUGCAUCCCAACGUUGGACUAAACAAAGUCGGGCGGAGGUCCGGUGAUUAACCCUCUGUAGUGCUUAACCCCUGGGCGAAGAGCCGCCCCCGAUUAACCCCCCCUCGCCGAAAUGGAUGGUCAGCGGGCCAGGGAUCUCUUGACGCUCCUGCAGGAGCGGGUCGUCUUCCUCACCGGCGGACGGGAUCGGCGCGGCGGACCACUCCUCUGCUUCCCGGCCACGCCCCGCAGGGAUCGCCUCAAGCCGGAGGAUCUGAGGCGCCUCCUCAGCUACCUGAUCAGCAUUCCCAGCGACGCCGCCAAGAACCUCGGAUUCACAGUCAUCAUCGAUAUGCGAGGCAAUGGCAACUGCUCGACCAACGUGAAGACGAUAUUGAAGGUGCUGCAGGAGCACUUCAGCGCGAAUAUCCACAACGUGGUGAUCAUCAAGCCGGACAACUUCUGGCAGAAGCAGCGUGCCUCGAUCUCCUCGCACAAGUACAAGUUCGAGACGACGACCGUGUCGAUCGAGUCCCUCAACAAGAUCGCGGAGAGUCACCAGCUGACCGGGGACUUCGAGGGCCAGCAGCUGUACGACCAUCAGCAGUGGACGGACGCCCGGCUGGCCAUCGAGGACUUCUUCUGGCAGGCCGGGGACAUGGCCGACCGGAUCGACGACCUGCAGGAGGACCUCAACCGCAACGACUUCGCCGAGGACGUGCCGCUGGCCAGGCACGCCAUCGAUCACCACAACGAGAUGCGCAAGAAGAUCACCAAGCUGCCCAUCGAGGACCUCGACAUGCAGGGCAAGAAGCUGCUGGCCAAGAUCAACGCGAUGGCCCCGCCAGGUGGUCAGGCCUCGAGCUCCGGAGGUUCGGAUAUGGACUCGGGCCCCUCCUCUGCCGGACAGCAAUCUCAGCCGCAGCAAUCUCGUUCGGCGAGCGGCAAUCCGGACAUGUCGGCCGCCGUGAACAAAGCCCUGCGGCAGAUCGACCUCAUCCACACCGGCCAGGAGAAGCUGCUGAUGCUGUGGCAGCACAAGAAGGUGAAACUAGACCAGUGCUUCCAGUGGCGCCUGUUCGAGCAGGACUGCGAGAAGAUGUUCGACUGGAUCCUGCACAACCGCGAUGUGUUCCAGAUGAGCUACGUGGAGAUUGGGCACAACUACUCGGUGGCCAAGUCUCUGCAGGAUGAGCACCAGAAGUUCGCCGUGGCCUCCAUGAAUGUGUCGGUGAAUAUCGAUAGGAUUCUGGCCGUGGCAGCUCGCUUGAUUGAGAGUCAGCACUAUGCAGCUCAGCACAUUAAAACGCUGGCCCAACGCUUGGACCGAACCUGGAAGGACUUCGCCGCGGGCUUGGAUGAGAGAACUGCUGUUCUGCAGUUGAGUGUUCUGUUCCAUCACAAGGCGGAACAGUAUUGCAACAGCGUGGCCAGUUGGGCAGCCGCUUGUCAGGCCUCCCAGCCCCUUCCCUCGGAUAUCCAGAGCUUGGAGACGGCCAUCCGGACACACCAAUCCCUGUACGAAGCCAUGUGCCAGGCCUAUACGGAGGUUCACUCCACCAGCAAGAAGCUGCUGUACCAGUUGGACCACUUGGUGCAGGUCUGCAAUCAACCUCCGCCGCCCGGUGUCCCGGAUCAUCGAAAGAACAGCAACGGUGGCAGCUUUAACAAGUACGAGAGACAGAAUCCAGCAGCGGAUUACAGUGAAGGCGCCAGUCAUGUACUGGCUGUAAUUCACCAGAUCCUGGGUCACCAUCGCACUCUGGAGGCCAAGUGGCACCAGGAACGGCUCCGAUUGCAUCAGACCCUAGCCCUAAGACUCUUCCAAGAAGAUGUGAAGCAGGUCCUGGAUUGGCUGAAAAAUCAUGGCGAAGUUUUUCUCAGGAAAAAUACGGGUAUAGGCAGGAACUUCCACAAAGCCAGGGUUUACCAGACCUCGCACGAUAACUUUGAGAAUGUUGCACAGAACACCUAUAGUAACGCCCAAAAGCUUCUGGCAGCCGCGGAUGAAUUGGCCAGAAGCGGCGAGGCCGAUCCCAAUGAGAUAUAUUCUGUGGCUAGGGAGUUGGAACUCCAGGUGGGCAGCUUUGCGGAGAGAGUGGAGCAAAGGAGACGCCGCCUGGAGAUGGCUGUCAUUUUCUACACCCACGAAAAGGACGUGACCGCCUGGAUAGAUAAACUUCGAACGGAUGUGAGCACUGAUGAAACGCGUCUCUCGCAGGAGAACCUCGAGGGCAUCGAACGCAUAUUGCAGCAAUAUCAGAGGGAUCAGCAGGAGAGCUCCGUGAAUGUUUGCCUUACAACUAUCGCCCAGGGCGAAGCUCUGCUGCAGGAAAUGCGAUCCCUGGAGUAUGCCGACAAUACGGGUUCCAUUGCCGCUCUGGAGGCCACCCUCGAGAAGUUGAGUAAACAGAAGCUGGAGCUGGAGGAGCUCUGGUCCGCUCGCAAGUUCCGCGCCGAUCUCAUCCUGCGUUUGCGGUACUUUGAGCGGGAUGCCAUGGAGCUGUCCUCGCAGCUGGAGAUCUGGUCCGAGGAGCUCCAGCACGCUGACCUCUCCAGGGACUACCAGAAAGCCGAACAGCUCAUCCGCAUGCACAACGAAUCGGUGACGGACAUUCAGAACGCCACCUACGAGGUCCUGCAGCAGGGUCAGGACCUGCUGCAGCUCUUCGAGAACGCUGGCUUCAUCUCCAUGGCGGAUGCCACGCACACGGCUCAGGCUAGGAUUGAAUAUCUGCUGGACUUCUUGCGGGAACGCGAGAUCGAUCUGGAGGAAAUGUCCGAGGCUAAGCGGGCUAAGCUCGAGCAAGCGGUGCAGCUAUGUCAAUUCCAGAACGAUGCCAACCAGGUGAUCUCGUGGAUCCGCAAUGGAGAAGCCAUGCUGGUGGCCAGCUUCGUCACACCCAACAGUUUGCAGGAGGCCGAGCAGCUGCGCAAGGGUCAUGAGCAGUUCCAGAUUGCCAUCGAGAAGACGCACACUUCGGCGGUGCAGGUGAAGUACCGAGCGGACGCCCUGAUCAAUGCCAACCACUACGACCCGCAGUCUAUUAGAGAAAUCAGCGACGAUGUGACAAAGAAGUGGCAGCAGUUGGUGACCUACGCGGAGGAGCGUCACAAGCUGGUGACCGCCUCCAUAAACUUCUACAAAACAGCCGAGCAGGUGUGUUCGGUUUUGGACAGCUUGGAGCGGGAGUACAAGCGGGAGGAUGACUGGUGUGGCGGUGGCGGAGGCAGCGAUAAAGCCCAAACCAUUGUCCAGUUAAUCUCGAAGCAUCAGGAGCAGAAGGAGGCCUUCCUGAAGGCCUGUACUUUGGCGCGCCGUACGGCCGAGACUUUCCUGAAGUAUGCCAACCGAUCGCAGCAGUGCUAUCAGUAUAAAGGGAACUGUGAAGCCCAUGUGAAGAGCAAACUGGACAAGCUGUUGACUCAGGAAAAUCAAGUUCUCGACUACUGGACGCUGCGCAAGAAGUCUCUGGAUCAGUGUCAGCAGUUUGUUCUCUUCGAGAGGAGUGCCAAACAGGCGAUCGAAUGGAUUCACAACACCGGAGAAGCAUACCUCUCCUCGAGAUCCAACUUAGUGGGCAUAAGCAAAGAGGAAACGGAGGGAUUGCUCAAAGAGCACAAUGAAUUCCGAAGCACGGCGAAGGAGACACGUGAAAGGGUUAAGCUUCUGAUCCAACUAGCCGAUAGUUUGGUGGAAAAGGGUCACGCCCAUGCCAGCGAUAUCAAGCAAUGGGUGGCGUCGGUAGAUCAGCGGUACAAGGAUUUCAGCAACCGCAUGGACAGCUACUGCGAGCAGUUGGAGAAAUCUCUGGGCAUGUCCCAGCAGCAGUUACUUUUGGGAUCCGAUGGAAACAGCUCGAUUAGUUCCUCCUCCGGGGUGAGCGGUGGGGAUCGUCAUUCGGAUCCUACGCUGGAAGCCAAGCUAAACAGCAGCAACAAGGAGAACAAGGAGAUUAACGAGGAGAAGCGCAAGUCGGCGAGAAGGAAAGAGUUCAUUAUGGCGGAACUUAUGCAAACAGAGAGGGCCUACGUGAACGAUCUGGCCACUUGCAUCAAGUGUUUCCUGGAGGAAUUCAGAGCUGGGAGAAAUGUACCCCCCGCACUCAUUGGACAAGAAGAUGUGAUAUUCGGCAAUAUCAGGGAAAUACACCACUUCCAUCAGAAGAUUUUCCUGCGAGAGCUGGAGAAAUACGAAACCAUGCCGGAGGAUGUGGGCCAUUGCUUUGUGACCUGGGCCUCCAAGUUUGACAUGUACGUGCACUACUGCAAGAACAAGCCCACAUCGAAUAAUCUGCUAGUCCAGCACGGCGGCAGCUUCUUUGAGGAGCUGCAGCGGCGCCUGGAGGUGGACCAUCCCCUGCCCGCCUAUCUCAUCAAACCCGUGCAGAGGAUCACCAAAUACCAGCUGUUACUUAAGGAUCUUCUGUCCUGCUGCGAGGAAAGCCACGGCGAAAUCAAAGAGGGUCUCGAGGUGAUGCUUAAUGUCCCCAAGAAAGCCAAUGAUGCCAUGCAUCUUUCGCUGCUGGAAAACUGUGAUGUAUCCAUAGACAAACUGGGCGAAGUUGUGCUGCAGGACGCCUUCCAAGCCUGGGACACCAAGCAAAUCAUCCGAAAGGGCAGGGAGCGACGUGUUUUCUUGUUCGAAUUGUAUCUCCUGUUUGCCAAGGAGGUCAAGGAGUCUAGCGUAGUCAAGUAUCAGUUUAAGAGCAAGCUCAUGACCACCGACAUGGGCAUCACGGAGCACAUCGAAGGGGAUGAGACCAAGUUCGCCGUGUGGACGGGUCGUUCCCCGAUGCUCUCAGAUUGCAGGAUCGUUUUGAAGGCAACGAGCUUGGAAACCAAGCAGAUUUGGGUGAAGAAACUGCGUGAAGUGAUGCAGGAGACGUGCUUCUCGGGCACCUCAUUAACUCUGCCCAAGUCGCCAGCCAAACACUCGGGCUCCUCGCAAAGAUCCUCACGGGAUUUGGAUGAACAGCUCACGGAGAACGAUCAUGAUCGCUGCUCUCUGGCUAGUUUCGGAUCGGGUAAUACCACAGAUAGUGAUAAUAAGCUGGGCAACCAGGAGGCCACCUGGGUGGUGGCGGACUACAUCGCCAGCUCGGGCACCAACGAGCUGAGCGUUAGCAAGGGACAGCAGGUGGAGAUUGUCGAGCCGCCCACCGCCGGCGAGCCGGACUUCUGCCUGGUGCGCCUGAAUCCCCAGCACGAGGAUGCCGCCGUGCAGGAAGGACUCGUCCCUGUCUCAGUGCUCAAACCGCCGCCGGGCUCGCACAAACACGGUUCCGGAUCCGGAGCGAAUGCAGCCGGAGCAGCGGGUUCGCAGAAAUCCGAUAUGCAGGAUCAGGGCAAUCGCAGCAAGGCGGAUGCCCUCUCAUCGUCCACCAAACGCCGCGGUUUUAGCGGGCGCAACUGGCUGCCGCUGAUAAAUCGCAAGGGAGCGGACAAGCCGCCAAACAGCAAACCGCUGGUGAAGAAGCCCUCGGAGAAAAACCUGAGAACACCCCAGAAGCACGCCGAGGAGCUGGCCGAGCAGCAGAGCCAGCAGCCAGGUGGCAGUCCCGCCACCGUGGUGCCAUCCCCGCAGUUCCCCAGCUCCACCGCCCAGCAUCCGGGAGCGGGCGGGGACUACGAGCCGGACGAGGAGGCCGGCCUGGAGCUGCCGCCGCCCAUGAAGCCCAUCCAGGAGCCGCACCUGAUUGCCAACGGACCGCCCACCUUCGCCAAGGACGCCAAGGAGAGCUCUGGCAACAUGGCCAGCACCGGCAAAAUGGAUGGCAAUCCACUAUCGGAAAUAGAAGAAAUUGUCAAGACGACAACGGAGCAACACGAGUCCAACAGUCGCGUGGACGGAGGUGGAGGAGCGGAGAACGCCAGCACCAAUGGGCAUGGGCGCUCCCACGACAACAAUGAUGAGGGCCACGCUGCUCUCUCGGACAAAGCAGCUGCUCUGAAGAAGCGGCAAUGCGUCUUCGCGGAGCUGAUGUCCACGGAGGAGACCUAUGUGCAGGACCUCAGUGACGUCGUCAAUGGUUACAUGACAGAGAUAAAUAACGCGAACAGUGAUAUUCCCAUGCCCGAGGAUUUGAAGGGUGGCAAGAUGAAGUUGGUCUUCAACAACAUCAAGGACAUCUACGAGUGGCACAAGGACUUCUUUUUGAGGGCCCUGCGCAACUGUCAAAAUUCCCCUGCGGAUCUGGGUCCGCUCAUUAAGCGGUCGGCCACCAAGUUCGCGCUGUACUACACUUAUUGCAGUAACAAACCGCUGUCUGAGUAUAUAGUCAGCGCCCACUAUCAGUAUUUCGAUUGCAUACGCCAGAAGCUGCGACAUCGCCUGGAUCUGAGCAACCUAAUCAUCAAGCCGGUGCAGCGAAUCACCAAAUACGAGCUGCUGAUCAAGGAGAUCAUCAAGGCCACAGAGGCAGCCGGGCUGCAAAAGGAGGUGCCCAUGCUGCAGGAGGCCUACCAGCAGAUGAAGGUGGUAGUCAAGACGGUCAACGACAUGAUGGUGGUGCUGCGCAGCCUGCAGGACUUCGAUGGGGAGAUCACCGCCCAGGGCAGCCUGCUGAUGCAGGGACCCAUGAACUGCCUGGUGGACGCGGCCCAGAGGCAGCGCGAGCUGCAGGUGUUCCUCUUCCAGCAGAUCAUAAUCUUUGCAGAUAUCGAGAAGACCAGGAACCAGUAUGCCAGUCCCAUAUUUAAGUACCGAUCGCACAUACAGCUCAAUCACAUGCAAAUGAAGGAACUGGGCGACUGCCGCUUUCAAAUCCGGUCGACCGACCCAAAGAUCCCCGAGAUGACGAUCGUCUGCGAGGCGGGUUCGAACUACGCGGCGUGGGUAGACAUGCUGAACAAGAUCCUGCAGCAGCAGAACGACCUCAUCUUCAUGCUCUCCAAUCCCCUGUCAACCAAAAACAAGUAGAAGCCCCCGAGGAAAAAUUCCAAAUGACAAAGCAGGAAUGCUUGAAAGCUUGAAAGCAAGCAAGAACAGCAAACGAAAGUAUGAGAAAAUGAUAUUGUAAUGUGUUUUGGGCACAGGGGUUUCCCGUCCGUGCGUCUGUUUUGCGGAUCGUUUUGCUCACACCCAGAUACACUCGCAACACUCAAUCCUAAUUUGUAUGUAACUUGUAAUUGUAAUUUAUUUAUUCGUCAUCGCCUGCGUUUCCGUUCAGUCUGCCCUUUAGUUUCUAGUUCGAGCCCCAUUUCUUUUUUACUAUUCUGUUUUCGCUUCCGUUUCCGGAUUUGUGUGUAUGAAACGCAAAGUAUUAUAUGCUCAAGAUUACCUUUGACAUGGUGUGCAUUUUUAACUUAAUUAGACUCCUUUGCUGUUAGUUUUACGUUCCACAUCUGACUUCUCAACGAUCGGCAGUCGAAAACUACUCAGAAUCAAAAGCAAUUUACAUUUUCGUUUCGUGUUUUUAUUCGCAUUGAACGCAGAGUAAGAGUAUAACUAUUCUAGCCUUAGUUCGGUACAUAGUUUUAGUUUACCUGCUAAAUGUUAAUAAUAGUUUAAACGUAAAGUAACUUGAUUUGCUUUGGACCACUGGAGCAGAGUUUUGUGAAAUGGCACUCAUUCGAGUGCGGCAUCGUGAAAUAAUUUAGGCUAACUUUAGUUUAUGAAUGCAAUGCAAAGCGUAUUUGCACCUUAUGUUUAACAAAUAAAAUAUGUAAGCUUUAAACGUAAUCAAAACCAGAAACAAUAAGUUCUUAAUUAUUCUAAUUAUAAUUUAUGACCCAAAUAAAACAAAUGCCUGCUCAGAUGUAAUUCUUUUUGGUUUCUCGCAUCCUUGCCCACUUUUCAGUUGUUCUUUUCACCAAAACAAAGACACAACACUUGCAGAAAAAGCUGUCACCAAAAAUGGUCACCUAACACCUUAAAGAUACCACAUAAGCGAAUCCAAGCUGUAUACCCAAGCCAAUUUCCGAAGCAUGUUUCUCUGUUUGGUGUUUAUGUUAGUUGCUAAGCAGGAGGCGAUAAAGAUAAUGUACAGUGUAGCAUACGAGGAUAAGGCAGAGUCACUCAGAUACAGAUACAGAUGCCGAUACAUGUGUCUCUUGCAAUCAAAGUACUCGAGUUGUACUAAGUACUAAGCGGGUAAGUACUAAGCGGUUGUUCACACGAUACUUUCGAAUCGAUUUUGUCUCUGAAAAGCACCCACACACGGAUACCCGAUACAGUCUGGAAAAUGAAUAUGAUUGCAGUUUGAAUAUAUCAAUGCGAAGAAUAACAAUAAUGAUUUAGCAUAGCUAAAUGUAGGAAGCGAACAUGAAAUGUAUUUUUUUACAAAAAUUGUGAAACGAACCUCCGGCAUAAUUCGUAAUUAAAUGUUAAAGUCAGAUCAGAUUGGAUCGGAUCUUGGGAUCUAUGGAUCGAUAAGAUCGAUAGGACAAGCAAACGCACAGUGAGAGGAACUCAAAUGGCCACAACAUUUUCUACAUUUUUGCACUUAACUCGUAGAGCUCUACUCAACUCACAACCGAUCGAUCGCAACAUGUAACAUACUGAAUUCUUUUCGAUUAACUUACGGCACCUACUGAUUAACUAAUUGUUGUACUUAAGCCCCCAAGUCGAAAUUCUAGAUAAUUGUGGUAAUUAAAGUGUGUGUUUAGUUUAUCUAAUUACUCUGACUAAAUAUAAAUAUACUACAUGCAAAUGCGACAUCAAGUACGCCAGUGCAAGGCGAAAAGCAUAAAGUAAUCGUGUUAAUCUGUGUUUUAGCCAAGUAAGCACCAGCUUUUCCCUCGGAAAACGCUCGGAAAAGGCCAGUCGAGAUCAACAGUUGGCCCGGGCGCAGGCUGCAAAUAUAAUAUAAAUAUAUCCAGAAACCAAUAUGCAAAUUGUAUGUAACCAACAAAGCAUGUAAUCUGAAUUUAAAUUUUCAAAGUGAAUAAUAAUAAAGCAAAAGUAGCUGAAUAAAAUUAA